CGUGACCUCGGUGUUAGCCCAUGUGAUCAUUGUAUCAUUUCCAAGAUGGCGGGAGCAAUGGAUAUGGCGGACAAGCUGCCGAAAAUACGGGAUCAAGAUAGCGACAGCAAGUUUGGAUAUGUGUUCGGCGUCUCUGGGCCCGUGGUUAUAGCGGAGAAUAUGAGUGGUGCUGCUAUGUACGAGCUGGUACGUGUCGGCCAUAGUGAGUUGGUUGGGGAGAUUAUCCGGCUAGAGGGAGACAUGGCAACAAUUCAAGUAUACGAGGAAACUUCUGGUGUAACGGUUGGGGACCCUGUAUUGAGAACAAAGAAGCCUCUGUCUGUGGAGUUAGGUCCAGGAAUUAUGGGCAGCAUUUUUGAUGGUAUCCAAAGACCUCUAAAGGAUAUCAAUGAGAUGACACAAAGUAUUUAUAUUCCACGUGGAGUGAACACUCAAUCCCUCAGCAGGACGGUACAGUGGGAGUUCAUUCCUGGCAACUUCAAGAUCGGUGAUCACAUCACAGGUGGUGACAUCUAUGGCUACGUCCAGGAGAAUACCUUUAUCAAGCACCACAUCAUGCUUCAUCCUAAAGCCAAAGGCACCAUUACUUACAUAGCACCUCAGGGUAACUACUACAUUGAGGACACUAUCCUAGAGAUAGACUUUGAUGGGGAGAAAAGCAAGCACUGCAUGUUGCAGGUGUGGCCUGUUCGUCAAAUGAGGCCCGUCACAGACAAAAUGGCAGCCAACCAUCCACUGUUAACAGGACAGCGUGUUCUAGAUGCACUUUUCCCGUGUGUCCAGGGUGGGACUACUGCUAUCCCUGGCGCUUUUGGGUGUGGUAAGACUGUCAUCUCCCAGUCUCUUUCCAAGUUCUCUAACUCUGAUGUCAUUAUUUAUGUGGGAUGUGGAGAGAGAGGAAAUGAGAUGUCUGAAGUACUUAGGGAUUUCCCUGAGCUAACAGUUGAGAUCAAUGGUCAAGUAGAAUCUAUCAUGAAGAGAACUGCCCUGGUGGCGAACACAUCCAACAUGCCAGUAGCCGCUAGGGAGGCAUCCAUCUACACAGGUAUCACACUGUCUGAGUAUUUCCGUGACAUGGGUCAUCACGUUAGUAUGAUGGCAGACUCAACGUCAAGAUGGGCGGAGGCUUUGCGUGAGAUCUCCGGACGUCUGGCAGAGAUGCCUGCUGACAGUGGCUACCCCGCCUAUCUUGGUGCCCGAUUGGCCUCCUUCUAUGAACGUGCUGGUCGCGUUAGUUGCCUUGGCAACCCCCAGAGGGAGGGAAGUGUGACCAUUGUCGGCGCUGUGUCUCCUCCCGGUGGUGACUUCUCUGAUCCUGUAACUUCUGCCACUUUGAAUAUCGUACAGGUGUUUUGGGGUUUGGACAAGAAACUGGCUCAGCGUAAGCACUUUCCUUCCAUUAACUGGCUUAUUAGCUACAGCAAGUACAUGAGGGCUUUGGAUGAUUACUACGAGAAGAAUUAUCCAGAGUUUGUUGCACUUAGAACCAAGGUGAAAGAAAUCUUACAAGAGGAAGAGGAUCUCUCGGAAAUCGUACAACUUGUAGGAAAGGGCUCCCUGGCUGAGUCGGAUAAGAUCACUCUCGAGGUGGCCAAGCUCAUCAAAGAUGACUUCCUCCAGCAAAACGGCUACACGCCGUACGACAAGUUCUGUCCGUUUUACAAGACAGUCGGUAUGCUCUCAAACAUCGUGGCGUUCUACGACAUGGCGCGGCACUCUGUGGAGACGACAGCACAAGCGGAAAACAAGGUCACGUGGAACGUGAUCAAGGAAAACAUGGGAGACGCCAUCUAUGCGCUUAGCAGCAUGAAGUUUAAGGAUCCUAUUAAAGACGGAGAGGCGAAAAUCAAAGCCGACUUCGCCGAGCUUCACGAGCAGCUACAGCAAGGCUUCCGCUCGCUGGAAGAUUAGUCUAUUCUUAGAAUUAUAAAUAAUGCAAUCUUCUCUCUCCUUGAGUCGGCCGAGAAUUAAGCACGGGAAUAUCAAACACUAACACGAAAGCGGUGAACCUCUAUAAAGCGGCCAUUUAGCACCGUCCCAAGGGUGACCGGUUAAUAGAGGAACCGCUGUGGAAAGAGGAAUUGAAGGAUACGUCAUCUUGUCUUGAUGUUAAAAAAUUAGGCUGUAUUGCGCGGGCGCCUGCGAUAAUUGUCGUUUGCGGUUCUUAGUAAUGCUUUGAAUGCGCUUUGGUUGGUGUUGUGAGUUCGCGUUUGCGAUAAACGGCAUACGGGAAGUGCAUGAAGGGGAAUUCUCAGAAUAAACUUGUAUGUAUGAUCUCAAAUGUUUACUUGUAUGAUGAAAAACCUUUAAUGUACUAAAACAUAAUUCAUAGGCAUCUAAACAAAUUACUGCAUCUUAGUUUGUUUUUGAGGAAGUCAUCAAAAAUGUUUUUUUCAGACAAAGGACCCUUUUACCACCCAUCUUAUCGAAUUUGUCAAGCUUUACGUCAAUCAUAGAUACAGUUUUCAUUGCAUAUUCAACUUUCUCGAUGAUGGGGUAAAUACAAGAGGUAUAAUGCAAAUAAACUCUUACUGAAAAACGAAA